UGGAAGAUUGUGCCACUGUACCUAUGUAUCGGUAGAGUUCGUGCGCGCGCACGCGCGUGAGUGUGGGAGCGGUGCGCGCGCGCGCGCGUUUGUGGGAGCGGCGCGCGCGCACGCGCGUGAGUGUGUGAGGAGGGGGUCCGUGCGUGCCCUUGUGUAACGUGUGUGCGUGUGCACGUGUCUGCGUGCUGGGAGGUGUGCACACUACAUGCCUUGGGAGGUGUGAGGGAGUGGAAAGCUGAGAGUGUCUUGCUUGGCGCGGGGGAGCAGGGGUAUCGGGGCAGAGUUAUUUCUUCUGUUCCGGUAGGAGGCGUGGGCAGCUAAGGGAACAGUGAUGUUUGACGAUGUAGCUGUGUAUUUCACAAGGAAAGAGUGGAUGUACCUGGACUCUCCUCAGAGGGCUCUCUACAGGGACGUCAUGCUGGAGAAUUAUGGGAACCUGGUCUGUCUGGCAGGUUUUCCAAUCUCCAAACCAAACCUGAUUUUCCAGUUGGAACGAGGAGAAGAACCAUGGGACCUGGAACAUCAGGGUACUGAGGAAAGAGAGGACACAUGGAAAGACUUGAAAAGAGAUUCUGAGAUAGGGAUUGAGAACAAGACACCUUAUAAAAAAGAGAAUAUAUCAGAAGAUGUAGAAUCACCUGGAGGGACUUCAGAAAUACCUUUAAAAGAUGCUUCUUGGGAACCUAUUUUUGGAGGAGUUUGUGCAUUUGGGGAUAAGUUAGAAAGUAACCAGGGAAAUUCUACUGAGGUAAUACUGGAAAGAUCUUUUAUCCAGGAGAAAGGUUUCUCUGAAAUGACUAUGAAUCACAGCAAAACCUCCACUGAAGAAAAAAGUCAGGAAUGUGGUGAAUUUGGGAGAAACUUUGAUCUGAAUACAAGUUUUGUUUUACACCAGAGUGAUACUGUGGGAGAGCAAGCCCAUGGUUGUGAUGCCUGUGGCAAAACUUUCAAAUACAAUUCAGAUUUUAUUCGACAUCAGAGGAUUCAUACUGGAGAGAAACCUUAUGGGUGUGAUGAAUGUGGGAAAGUCUUUAAUCUUAAUUCAGAACUUAUUCGACACCAGAGAAUUCACACUGGAGAGAAACCUUAUAAAUGUAAGGAUUGUUGGAAAGGCUUCAGCCAGAGCUCCAAUCUCAUUCGACAUCAAAGAAUUCAUACUGGAGAGAAACCCUAUGAAUGUAGUGAAUGUGGGAAAGGAUUUGUCUGUAGCUCAGGACUUAUGCAGCAUCAGAGCAUUCACACCGGAGAGAAGCCCUAUGGAUGUGAUGAAUGUGGGAAAGCCUUCAGUCUGAACUCAAGACUUAUUCGACAUCAGAGGACUCACACUGGAGAGAAACCUUAUAAAUGUAAUGAAUGUGGUAAUGCUUUCAAUCUAAAUUCAGAACUGAUUCGACAUCAGCGCAUUCAUACAGGGGAGAAACCAUAUAAAUGUAAUGAAUGUUAUAAGGCUUUUAGUCAAAGAGCAAAUCUUAUUCAACAUCAAAGAAUUCAUACUGGAGAGAAACCCUAUGAGUGUCUUGAAUGUGGGAAAAGCUUUAGCUGCAGCUCACAUCUUAUUCAGCACCAGAGAAUCCAUACUGGAGAGAAACCAUAUGAGUGUGCCAAAUGUGGUAAAGCUUUCAGUCAAAGCUCCCACCUUAUUUUACACCAGAGAUCUCAUAAUGGAGAGAAACCUUAUAAAUGUUAUGAAUGUGGGAAAGACUUCAGUUGGAGCUCGCAACUUAUUCAGCAUCAGAGAGCUCAUACUGGAGAAAAACCCUAUGGGUGUGAUGAAUGUGGUAAAGCUUUCAGUGUAAAUUCACAACUUAUUCGUCAUCAGAGAACUCAUACUGGAGAGAAGCCCUAUAAAUGUAAUGUUUGUGAGAAAGCUUUCACUCAGAGUUCUCACCUUAUUCAACAUCAAAGUAUUCACAUGGAACAGAAACCUUAUGAAUGUGUUGAAUGUGGGAAAGCCUUUAGUAGGAGUUCAUCACUUAUUCAACAUGAGAAAAUUCAUACUGGAGAAAAACCUUAUAGUUGCCAGGAAUGUGGAAAAGCCUUCAGUCAGAACUCACAGCUUACUAAGCAUCAGAAAAUUCAUACUUGAGAGAAAAUGAUUUUGAAAGUAGAAAUAUUUUUAUUUGGAGCUUGCACAUUCAAAAGCAGAGCAUUCCUAUAGGAGUGAAAACUAUAAAAAUAUAAUUUAUAUGACAGA